CCUAUUUUUUUCGGAACACUUCGCACAUGCGGUACGCUUUUAUUGUCAAAGCGGUUGCGAAACUAGAAUCUUCGAUACUCCGGGUCUUCAAUAAGGCGAGCUUUGUACAUGUAACAAGCUAUACUAAUUUGGAAAUGGUUUCGAAAAUUAGUCAUUUUUAGACUCUCGCACAUUGCUUCAAGACUUAAAAACUCUGACCGAUACAAUCUGCACAUACAAUUUUGAAAGGCAAGCAAGAUCGCAGUUUCCUUAUUCGAACGUUACUAACACCGAAGACAUCUGCACGAAAAAUAAAACGCACAUUUUAAUAGCACAUUGAAUUUUGCGUGUAGGGUUUUCGCUAUUGAAUUGAUUAACUUUCAGUUGCAAAAUGACAGAAAGUAGUGUACCCAGAAUGAAGUCGCGUAAUGGAGCGCGACUCUUUAAGAAUCCACCACAGCCGCACAUGUGUAUACAAGAUUUUAUACAGGGUACUACAGCUCCAUGUUAUGUAAACGUAUUGUCUUGGGACAAAAUUGCAAUGCCUCGCAGACCUUCACUGCCUGUGCCACUCUAUGGAGGUAUGAGAGUGCCACCCCCUCGCACAAAGACAGAGGCUAUAGUGUUUGCUGUAAUGGCCAAUCCAGAAGUCCUACGAAUAAAUGGCAAGAAUGCUCAGGACGCUAAAAAGCGUACAAGUUUUAUCGAGUUACUAUUAGACUUCAUAGAAGCGAUGAACGCAGGGAUAGUUUUCAAUCGUAAUUAUACGAUAAUGAAAGAUCGAGACAUCACGGGUGAGCUGAAGGAGGUUUGGAAUGCAGUGCUAGCCAUACGCGACAACGAGCAGCGUCCUCCUCAGCAGGAAACUUGGAUUGAUGUUCAACCUCCCAUGUCACAAUUCCCACAGUAUCCAGAACAACAUCAGCAGCAGCAAGAGUAUAUACCACAACCACCGCAGUAUCACUCGAGCGUCACUUAUGGUAGGAUUAUUAACAACGAAAAUAUGCAUUAUGAGAACUAUGGACAUCAGCCUCAGAGUCCGGUAAUUUCCAAAAACGAGCCUAUCUUCAUAUCUGGGCAUAUUGUGGCGCAACACUCCAACAACGUUCGUCAAAUUACACUUGAUCAACGUACUGACAACUAUCGCGAACGCGGCAGAGAUAGUCAAGUUGUGCAGAAUAUUAUUGCUGCACAGCAUCAAUUUCAACCGAGGCAAACGUGGCCACAGUAUAUGAAUACAAAAUACAUGCAUCCAAAUUCGAAUCUACCAUAUGGACCACCUGCAAAUACCACUCCGGCUAUUAAUCCUCCGAACCAAAUGAAGCCUUUUCAGCCAUAUAAUACUUAUCAGCAGCAACAACAGCAGCACCAGCAACAGCCGAUACCGCCUCCGCCGCCGCCGCAUAUGGAUAAUGCAAUGCACGUUAAUAUUCGCAGGAUGCAACCGCAACCACAGCAGCCACAAAUACACUUUAAUCACGUACAGUCACAAUAUGUUGAGCAAUCUGGAUCAUUCAAUGUACAAAACAAUGCGCAUAGAGCAAGUAGACCGCAUAUGGGAGUAGCUCAGAAAAACAACGCUACUAAAAGACAGGCAAAUUCACCGACACAUAUUUCUUGUACAAAUUGCCAAAAUAGAGAAGACCAAUCUUUCACAAAGCCGAAGAGUCCUGUUAAAGUUCUUCAAAGGGAAAUGUUGACGGAGCGACAAGAUACAAUUAAUCAUGCGGAGAAUAAAGCUCUAGCGGAAAAAACAGAGGAACCGAAAACUGUCCCCGUGACAGAUUUAGAUGAGGAUCUAAAAAAGAAUGAUGAACUUGUGGUUGAUACGUAUCCAGAAAAACAAGACGUCUGUAAUUCAGAACUCGCGCGUGCCGUCGAUCAAACGCCGUCAUAUGAAGAAAAGAAUUCUGUAAAACUAGAAUCCAAUAAAAUGCCUUUGAUGGAAACGAAAGAGAUGGAAGUGCCAGCUAUACAAUUGACUCUUCAGAAGAAUGCCAAUAAGUUUGUCAAAGGCAAUGCGCGAACGCGAAGAGCGCAAACAACCAAAGAUGAUAAGCAUAACUCUUCGGAGAGUCCAAAACGCUCACAGCCAACGGUGAAUAGCAUUAUCAAGAGUGUAUUCAAGAUUAACCCAGGCGGGUCCAGUGAGGAAUCAUCCAGUAAGAAAAAGGCGAAUGGCCAAGCAAGGCCGACUAAUGGCAAAGCGAUGUAUGAAAAUGAGGAACAGGUACAGCAGGGAUAUACAAUAUUGAAAAAGGAGGCUCAGGAGGAGAUGGUGAGCGAGAUCGCUCAAUUAUCUAUUCAAGACUGCAAGGACGUGACUGAAGUCGCUCCCGUACUCUCGUGAUAGCCAGGCCUACAGCUGGUACUCAGCUGUGUUAGCGCGCGACCAAGGGCUUUGUUGUAAAUAGAUAGAACUUUAUUCAAUAGAAAGAAGAAACAAAAGACACCGCAGAUAGAGGAGAGGAAGAGGGAAAUACAUCUUUGACAAAAUCCAGACCUUUGAAUGGAAUUGAUACGUCCUUGAGACGACUUCGAUUAUCAUUGCGCGAAUACCUCACUCAAUAUCAUUUGUAAUUUUAUGUCUAUCACAGUGCUGUCGAAUUCUUUGAUAUUUGAAGCACUGUCAUUUAUUGAAGACACUUCAAUAGUCGAUAUUUUAAUUUUUAAUGAUCCACAACUGCCCGAUAUAAAAUGUUUUUGUUAUUGAAAAGUUUAUACUUCUUGACAAAUUAUGAUAAAUUCCAAGCCUAAGAUAAACAAGAUAGCAGUGUAGAUCGUUAAGGAUUAAUCAGCAGCAUCAGCAGGCUGUGAGAAUUAUUGCGAACAUCGCAAAUGUGAUCAUACUAAAGUAACGGUACUACGUGUGUGAUAUCAAGGAACGUAUUUAUCAGCUUUAGUCGACUAUGGAAAUGUCAAGAAACUUAUUCGCAAU